CUGCGCGCCCGGAAGGCGCGAGGUUGGCGGUGGGGGAUGUCGCACCGCCUGGUGGCGGCCGCUGGCAGUCGGGCAGUGGCUAGACCGCUCGCCGUGCUGUGGCGAUGCGGCGGCAGCGCCGGAAGCAGUGGGACGGCCGAGACCCGCACAAGGGCGCAAGGCACCGCCCGGCAGUGUCUUCGGGGGAUCCACUUUCAGUAUUUGCCUCUACAGGGAAGACUGACUUCAUUGUCCCAGUGGUUCUUUUCAAAACCACCCCGAGGGUUUGAGAAAUUUUUUAAGAGGCGUGGAAGGAAAACAGAUUCAGAAAAUUCAACAGCUCCAAAGAAAGAAACCGGUGAAUCAAAGAAUGCUGGCCCUGGAACAGAUGGAAGCAAGAGAGGAAGUAUGCAGGAUGACUUUACCUGGUGGAAACGGAUACAGAAGGGAGAAUUACCCUGGGAUGACAAAGAUUUCCGAAAUCUGGCCCUUUUGGGGGCAGGUGUUGCUGCGGGACUUUUCUACUUCUACUUUCAAGAGCACGGAAAAGAGAUCACCUGGAAACACUUUGUACAAUAUUACCUGUCCAGAGGUCUGGUGGACCAGCUAGAAGUUGUGAACAAGCAAUUUGUGCGUGUUAUUCCUGCUCCUGGGACAACUUCUGAGAAGUUCGUAUGGUUUAACAUCGGCAGUGUUGACACCUUUGAACGUAACCUGGAGUCUGCUCAGUGGGAGCUGGGAAUUGAGCCCACCAACCAGGUCACAGUGGUCUAUACUACUGAAAGUGAUGGGUCUUUCCUGCGAAGCCUGGUACCCAGCCUAGUACUGGUUGGUAUCCUCCUGUAUGCUGUGAGGAGGGGCCCGAUGCGGGCUGGGCGUGGUGGGCGAGGAGUGGGCCUCUUCAGUGUCGGUGAGACAACAGCCAAGAUCUUAAAGAACAGCGUGAAUGUGCGAUUUGCAGAUGUCGCUGGCUGCGAAGAGGCCAAGUUGGAGGUUAUGGAGUUUGUGAAUUUCUUAAAGAACCCUAAGCAGUAUCAGGACUUGGGGGCCAGAAUUCCAAAGGGAGCCAUGCUUACUGGCCCGCCUGGUACUGGCAAAACGCUUCUUGCGAAAGCCACUGCAGGAGAGGCCAGUGUGCCCUUCAUCACUGUGAAUGGGUCAGAGUUCCUGGAAAUGUUUGUUGGAGUCGGUCCAGCAAGGGUUCGUGACAUGUUUGCAAUGGCUCGAAAAAAUGCACCUUGUAUCUUAUUCAUUGAUGAGAUUGAUGCUAUUGGACGGAAGCGAGGCCGAGGGCACCUGGGAGGCCAGAGUGAGCAGGAGAACACACUGAACCAGAUGCUUGUGGAGAUGGAUGGGUUUAAUUCCACCACCAAUGUGGUGGUGCUGGCUGGCACCAACCGCCCUGAUAUCCUUGACCCAGCCUUGACACGGCCCGGCCGGUUUGAUCGCCAGAUAUAUAUUGGUCCCCCUGACAUCAAAGGUAGGUCCUCUAUCUUCAAGGUCCACCUUCGUCCACUCAAGCUGGAUGAGACCCUUAGUAAGAAUGUCCUAGCGAGGAAGCUGGCAGCUCUCACUCCAGGCUUCACUGGUGCUGAUAUUUCUAAUGUAUGCAAUGAAGCAGCUCUGAUUGCAGCCCGCCAUCUGAGCUCUUCUGUCCAGGAGCAGCACUUUGAGCAAGCCAUUGAAAGGGUCAUUGGAGGUUUGGAGAAGAAGACCCAGGUCCUACAGCCCAGUGAGAAGACAACUGUGGCCUAUCAUGAGGCCGGCCACGCAGUGGUGGGCUGGUUCUUGGAGCACGCAGACCCCCUGCUGAAGGUGUCCAUCAUCCCCCGGGGCAAGGGACUUGGCUAUGCCCAGUACCUUCCCCGGGAGCAGUACCUCUACACAAGAGAGCAGCUCUUGGACCGCAUGUGCAUGAUGCUGGGGGGCAGGGUGGCUGAGCAGCUUUUCUUUGGGCGGAUCACCACAGGGGCUCAGGAUGAUCUGAGGAAGGUCACUCAAAGUGCCUAUGCUCAGAUUGUGCAGUUUGGAAUGAGUGAAAAGCUGGGCCAGGUGUCCUUUGACUUCCCCAGACAAGGUGAGGCUCUGGUGGAGAAGCCGUACAGUGAGGCAACUGCCCAGCUCAUCGAUGAGGAGGUUCGGUGCCUCGUCAGCUCUGCCUAUGAUCGGACCCUGGAACUGCUUACCCAGUGCCGGGAGCAAGUGGAGAAAGUGGGCAGGCGGCUCCUGGAGAAAGAAGUUCUGGAGAAGGCCGACAUGGUGGAGUUACUGGGCCCUCGGCCCUUUGCAGAGAAGUCCACUUAUGAGGAGUUUGUGGACGGCACUGGCAGUCUUGAGGAAGACACAUCUCUUCCUGAGGGCCUGAAGGACUGGAACCGGGAACGGGAGGAGGGCGGCACUGAGCAGCAUCUGCAGGAGAGCCCGGUGUAGCCUGUGCAAGGCAGCCUAGUGUUUGCGACUGCUACUACCCAAAGCCCUCCACUGCAGCUGCUAGAAUAACUGGAAAACAAAUUAAAACAGGUGACAACUGCCAA